AGAAAUCGAGGGAGAAUUAGAAUUUACUGAUAUAAUUUUAUGUUAUCACCGGUGCCGAAUCAUUUUAGAUUGUGAUAUCAUGACAAAGCUAGGAUAUUUUUGAAAUAUUUCAUUACAAAAACUUUUUGUGUGAACGACCUGUGUUUGCUUGCAUCCUGUGAGGUCUAUUGUGCUGCCGCAGAUUAAGGCAUAAGAAAAGAAUGUUGCAAAAUCAAAUAGAGCAUCAAGUUCACGACUAGCUUGUAUCCACUAAUAAAAACUGAUUUAAAUAUAUUUUGUACCCGCUUUAAUUAAGCAAAGUGAGAAACAUAGUUAUUGCCUGACUGAUACAUGUACCGAAAUGGGGUUCUGCGCUUGUUUAUUUCGUUUUUGUUCUAACCACGUGUGUGGUUUAGGCACAAUUUUGACGUUAAGAAAUGCGUGUUUACAUGUAAUAAGCGUGUUGUGUGUGCAGGUUAUUUUCGCUUAGGUUCGUUAAUGAUUUUUUCAGCUAGGUAAGCCAUGAAGACGAUUGUCAGCGAGCAGUCGGUCAAGAUCCCCGAUGGAGUGACCUGUAAAGUACGGUCUCGGGUGGUGACUAUCACUGGUCCCCGCGGAGCGCUGACCCGCAGUUUCCGCCAUGUUCAGGUCCAGAUGGAAAUGCCGGACCCGAAAACGCUCACUGUUCGUAAGUGGUUCGGUAUCAAGAAAGAACUGGCCACCGUCCGUACCGUCUGUUCUCACGUUCAAAACAUGAUCAUCGGUGUCACCAAGGGAUUUCUGUACAAAAUGCGUACCGUGUACGCUCACUUCCCCAUCAACGUCGCCAUCUCGGAGAAUAACACAUUGGUUGAGAUUCGUAAUUUUCUUGGGGAGAAGUUUAUCCGCCGAGUGAACAUGUACAAGGGAGUGACGUGCGUCAACUCGUCCGCCCAAAAGGACGAAUUGAUUCUGGAAGGUAACGACAUUGAAGCCGUAUCACGAUCAGCGGCUCGCAUCCAACAGUCGACUCUCGUGAGGAACAAGGAUAUCCGUAAGUUUCUUGACGGUAUCUACGUUUCGGAGAAAGGACACGUUGUUCCGGAUGUUUAGGAAAAGGGGCCAUGAGCAAUGGCUAUGUGUCGCUCGACUGUGGUGAAGUCGCUAAUAAAGGGGGAUUACAAAAAAAC